UUAAGGAUCGGAGAAGAUAUUAAUUAAUAUUUACUUGGAGACUACGGAUCGAUCCAGUUGAAAUAUAUAUGGAGGGAGGAGGAACGAUCAAAAUGCAUGGAUGGCAACGGAUAAGAACGAAAUCCAUGCCGUUCUCUUCCUAUAAAUGCAAGCAUCUUUCAUCUUCAUCUCACUCCAAAAGCUACCCACUGCCUUCACUUUCUCUGUAACAGGUGCUAAACAUGGAGGUGUUGCAUUUCUUGUUCGGCAUCUUCGGUAACAUGACUGCCCUCUUCCUGUUCUUGGCCCCGGUUGUCACUUUUCGGAGGAUCAUCAAGAAAAGAUCGACCGAGGAUUUCUCUGGUGUUCCUUACACCAUGACCCUUCUCAAUUGCCUCCUCUCCGCUUGGUACGGGUUGCCGUUCGUGUCGCCGAACAACAUCCUGGUGUCGACGGUGAACGGCGCCGGCGCGGCCGUGGAAGCGAUCUACGUGGUGAUUUUCCUGGUGUUUGCGCCCAAUAAAGGGAAGGCCAAAAUGUUGGGCAUCUUGGCCCUCGUCCUCUCCAUUUUCGCCUCGGUCGCCCUCGUCUCCCUCCUCGCCCUCCACGGCCAGAGCCGGAAGGUCUUCUGCGGCUUCGCCGCCGCCAUCUUCUCCAUCUGCAUGUACGCGUCGCCUCUGUCCAUCAUGAGGUUGGUGAUCAAAACCAAGAGCGUGGAGUACAUGCCUUUCCUUCUCUCCUUGUUUGUGUUCUUGUGCGGCACAUCGUGGUUCGUCUACGGCUUGCUUGGCCGCGAUCCAUUCGUCGCUGUACCAAAUGGCUGUGGGAGCGCGCUGGGGGCCAUGCAGCUGAUACUGUACGCGAUUUAUAGGAACAAGAAAGGCAUCCCCGGCGAUGGUGACGGCGCCGCCGACAAAUGCAACGGGACGACGUCGCCGAUGAAGAUGAACGGGAAGCCAGAGAUGGUGUAAUCGUCACUUAAUUAGCUAGCAGCCCCGGAAUUGAUCUCUCGUAAAAUUAUAGUUGUUUGAUUGUAGUUGAGUCUGUUUAGAUCAAAGUUUAAGCUGCAAGUUGAUUAGUUCUUAGAGACUCUCAAGGCAACUGAGAAAUUUCAAACUUUUAGUGCGUUCAUUUUAAAUAAGUUCUAUAAGACUCUUCGAUUUAAAGCUCAUUAA